ACUCCUCCUACAACACAUCCGAACCUCUCACAAACGGUGUGCGUCGUUCCAUUCUUCUCAGCUUUGAAGCUGGCCCAGUCCUACUGGCCCAAAGCUGCAGCCGAGUUUCCCUCCGCCAUGUCACGACUUCCCAGGGAGCUUUACGCUCCUAACAAAUUCACCUCCGUCCGGAUACACACAUCUCGAAACAGCACCAUGCAGCCUCGCUUUCAGUGUACGAGACCCUCCACCCUACCAUUUGUUCGUCACUUCUCUGCGUCUCCAUACAACAAGGCGAUUGUCCAGCAGAUGAAAGCCUCGGGGGGCAUGCCACCACAGAAGGCUAGGAAAACACAACUUGAUAAUAUGAGCUUGAAGGAUAUGGGUACAGAUCUCGGUCGACUACCAGGGAUCGUCAUCCUUCCUGCUUGGAAAGACCAGACAAAAACAGUUCGUGCAUUAACAAAACUAUACUGGGAAAAGUUAAAACAGACUGGCAUUGGCCUUCUUGGGUUGUUUCAAUUUUAUAAAUGGGACGUACCCAGGCAUCCAAAAACAGGCAAAAAGAUGAGACGGCCGCUUCUCAUGUCCUCUAGAACAGCCAUCGCCCGACAAAUGCACGUAGACCUCAACCAAGCCAUCUCCCAACGCUCGGCAUUGGCAGUCAGCGAAUUGUGUUGCUCGGGCCUAGCCAACGAAUGCAGAGGUCGCUUUGCCCGAGAACGAGAGCAGAGAACCAAGCCAAUCGAUUGGAAGUUGGUGAAGUACAAGGGCAUCCAGUGGCCGUCAUGGUUACAGCGUUGGCCCCUGUCCUUCUUCCUCUUCAAAUCGCCAAUCCGAGUGGUGUCAGACCAAUUGACGGUGAUCCCGGUCCAGAACAAUUCGUUCCUUCGCGAAAUGAUUGUCCGGAUUCGGUCUAUUCAAUCGGUUCAGCGCCCGGGAGAAUCAACACCGACUGAGAUCGACAUCGAAGAGUACGUGGUCUUGCAGCAGCUCAUUAUUGCAGGCGAACUCCAAAACUGGAGGGUGUGGGGCACUAUUCAACCAUCCAAGGAGGAGCUUGAACUUGCCCUCUCAGGCAAACAUAAACAAGGCAACAUCACGGCCGGGCAGGCAUUCAAAGACCGCGUCGCAUCGCUCACUGGAAUGCCGCUGUAAAGAAGACACGGAAAGGCCCGACAAUGCCCUUCUCCACCAGAUUGUUCGAGACUGGCCGAGACUUGUGACCUGGUCUGUCUGCCACCACUCCAGUCAGCAGCCCUCUCUGGGAUCACGAGCGGUGCUCUGAUAUCAAAAUCAAACGCCCUUCCCACACGUUUGAGGCCACCAAAAGUCUAACGAGCAAAUCAAAUCGACCAAGAUCAAGAACCAUGGCAACAUCAAGCCAUUAAGGGGACAAAUGAUCUUGUCUCAGUGGACCGCGCAUCAUACUUGACUACUUGGACAAUCAUCCUCGACCGGCCUAUCAUACCGAAUGCAUGAUUCAAGAUCAAGGCCCCCGAGUGCUUUUCGCACUCACAUUGAAGUCCGCAAUACCAUUCCUCCUUGAUCGUUGUUUUGGACAUGUCAUUGAGAAAAGUGUCGAAAGCGAAUCAUGCACACACCCAGUCUCCCUCAACAUGUCACCGCCAUCAGUACAUUCUCUCUAGAGACAGUCCUUGCAUCUGUUCUGUCAACACCUGUGAACUGUACAUAUCAACAAUUCUCGUGAGCAUAACAAUUCUUGUGAGCAUAUUAGCGAAACUUGAGGAAACCCAACUUUUCCACAAAUUCCAUCCAUAUGUACCAUCAAAUGAAGCACUGUAGUAUAUAAUAUAUGUUCCCAAAAUAAGAUAUUAUCUUUAUUUGUACA